AUGUCUCUAUGUGCGGGGGCUGCGCUCAUCCUGGCUUGUCUGCCGUCCGCCAUGAAGGCUAAUGAUCCUGCGUUGCAGAAACCACCGACUGACGGCAGUCGAUACUGCGCGCGAUCCGCUCGCUACACAGCCCAAUAUCUACAAGCUGCGACAAUUCGAAAGCAUGUGGCUCUGUCUGCUUCCCAGCUUCGCCGAUGCCGAAGUCAAAAGGGUACCGCUCCGGCUUCGAGCUCCUGCUCAAAUACCGGUAGCCACUUUGGCGGCGCUGUCAACUUGUCCCAUUCCCUUCGCUCGGGCCUCGGCAGACCCAUGGCCAAACCUGCGCAACAGAACGUUCGCGUUUCACAACAGCGGCAAGCCCAGAGUUUACCCUACAAUGGGGAGCCCUCCGCAGCUGCCACGUUCCGCUACAAGGCGAAAGCGAAGGAGACGGGCGAGCAGCUUGACGAGGCCAAACGAGCCAGCGCAAAGCUCACAGAAGAGCUUGCUGCUGCCGAAAGUCGCCUUGACGAACUGCGAGAGAGCACCGUCAGCAAGGCCGAGUACAACGAGGUCAAAGGUCUCCUGUUGGAGGCGCGAGAGGAGGUCAAAACACGAGACGCCGAGAUCGACUCCCUCAAGAAACAGCUCCACGCGGAACAGCAAGAAAAAGUCAAACUCCGGGACGCUCUGACGGCGAAACCUUCGCGCUCGGAACAAGCAAACCGCGCGGGAAAACGCGACGCUGCAGGCAACCACGAGGAGGUCGACCCGGCUGCCCAGCGGCAGGAGAGCACAGCCUUUACAGAUGUCGUGUGUGAGCUCGAGAAGCUCCGCAGCUCUGCGAAAGCUAAAGGUGCGUUUAGCGCAAGGCGAAGCACCGCGCUCGUGGGAGGUUACUGUCACUCAACCACCGAAGCAGAGCAGGCAUCCGCCGCCUGCGAUGCAUCCGCCACUAUAGGGGCCGUCUUCCAGAACCGGAGCCAGCCCGUAUGCCUGCCUGCGGACUGCGUGCGUCGCAGACCAACGCGGACGUCAGCUGCAAGAAGAAGUUUCGCAGCUCCGCGAGCGUCUCGCUGCGCAGCGGCGGACGACGGAAAAAGCGCAGCACCAACUCGCGUGCUUCAUGCAGCGGAUGGACGCGCUGCGGCGGCACCGAGCCCAAACUGA